UUUUCUUCUUCUCUUGUUUAAAACGAACAAGACUAAAGAGGCUGGCACAUUGUUUUCAUCGGAACUUUUACAAUAAAUACGCUCUACUCUAACUCUGCACCCUCUACUGAUCCAUUUACACACCUGGCAACUUUACUCCGUUCAAUGGCUACUCUCACCUUCAAUUCCGUCGCCGCCACCUCCAAAAUCCGAUCCUCCGUCGCCGCCGCAAACUCCUCCGUCCGUCGCCAGCUGUCACAUGUCCGCCUUCCGUCUUCUCCUAUUCAGCCAUCAUCUGUCUUGCAGUGCCGCUGGUCUUCUUCCGCCUCUUCAGGUGUGAGAGCUCAGGUGACAACCACUGAACAAGUUGGAGUUAAGGCUGCUGCAAAAGUUGAAGCUCCGGUUGUUAUUGUCACUGGAGCUUCUAGAGGAAUAGGGAAGGCAAUUGCGUUGGCUUUGGGAAAGGCUGGUUGUAAGGUCCUUGUGAACUAUGCCAGAUCUUCAAAGGAGGCAGAAGAAGUUUCCAAAGAGAUUGAAGCAUGUGGUGGCGAAGCCUUGGCUUUUGGAGGCGACGUUUCAAAAGAAGAAGAUGUAGAGUCCAUGAUGAAAACUGUGGUUGAUCGAUGGGGAACAGUUGAUAUCUUGAUCAAUAAUGCAGGUAUCACGCGUGAUACCUUGUUGAUGAGAAUGAAGAAGUCUCAGUGGCAGGAGGUUAUUGAUUUGAAUCUUACAGGAGUUUUUCUCUCCACACAGGCUGCAGCUAAAAUCAUGAUGAAAAAGAAAAAGGGAAGAAUCAUCAACAUAUCUUCUGUUGUUGGUUUAGUUGGCAAUGCCGGGCAAGCCAACUAUAGUGCUGCUAAAGCAGGAGUCAUUGGCUUAACCAAGAGUGUUGCAAAAGAAUAUGCCAGCAGGAAUAUUACUGUUAAUGCUAUUGCCCCUGGAUUUAUUGCAUCAGAUAUGACUGCCCAGCUAAGUGAAGACAUUGAAAAGAAACUUUUACAAAGUAUUCCGUUAGGACGCUAUGGUCAACCUGAAGAUGUUGCUGGACUAGUGGAAUUCCUAGCACUCAGUCCCGCAGCCAGCUAUAUUACUGGACAGGUUUUGACUAUCGAUGGUGGGAUGGUAAUGUAGAAGUUUACCCCAUAGUUUGCUCAUGAAGAAAGAUUGGAAGUGUGAUCACUUAUAUUAUACCUUGACUGUAGCCUUGCUUCGUCCAAUAUCUGCGUAAAAGGAACUUGAUAAUUUGGUGGUAGAAGAUGACCUUACUCAUCAUUUUUCUGCAUUUUCCCCUCUUCUUUUUCCGUUUUCUUAGAAGCAUUUUUGAACCAGGGUUUGAUCAUUUUGUUGUGGUUUCUAUGUUAAAGCUGAGUAAACACUAUUUGACGCA